AGGAAGGGUAGAGCCCGCUGUGGAGGGCGGUGACCGCGCUUAGGGACACCUCGGAGCCCUCGGGCGGGACGGAGCCCAGUGGGGAGCAGCUGCGCGCGGGGCCUCCAGGAUGAGGCCGGCGCUCACGCUGUGCCUCCUCUGGCAGGCGCUCUGGACCCGGCCCGGCCGUGGCGAGCACCCCACCGCCGACCGCGCGGGCUGCUCCGCCGCGGGGGCCUGCUACAGCCUGCACCACGCCGGCAUCAAGCGGCCGGCGGCCCAGGAGGCCUGCAGCCUGCGCGGCGGGGCGCUCAGCACGGUGCGCGGGGGCGCGGAGCUCCGCGAGGUGCUGGCCCUCCUGCGCGCGGGCCCGGGGCCUGGAGGCGGCUCCAAGGACCUUCUGUUCUGGGUGGCGCUGGAGCGCAGGCCGUCCGAGUGCACCCUGGAGGGCGAGCCGCUGCGGGGUUUCUCCUGGGUGAGCCCCGACGUCGACGAUGUGGACGUGGACGGGCUGGAAAACGAGACGCUGCCGUGGGUGCUGGAGCCGCAGCGCUCCUGCGUGGUGCGGGCCUGCGCGGCGCUGCAGGCCGCCGAGGGCGCGGAGCCCGCGGGCUGGAGGGAGCUGCGCUGCCACCUGCGCGCCCACGGCUACCUGUGCAAGUACCGCUUCGAGGGCCUGUGCCCCGCGCCGCGCCCCGGCGCCGCCUCCGCCCUGAGCUUCCGCGCGCCCUUCCAGCUGCACAGCGCGGCGCUGGCCUUCAGCCCGCCCGGCACCGAGGUGAGUGCGCGCUGCCCCGGGCGGCCACCCGCCGCGGCCACGGCCACCUGCAUCGUGGACGGGGCCGGCGCUCGCUGGGACGGGAUGCCCCCCGGGGCUGCGCUCUGUCCCUGCCCCGGGCGGUACCUCCGCGCAGGCAGAUGCGCCGAGCUCUCUGACUGCCUGGACGACUUGGAAGGCUUUGUCUGCGAGUGUGCUGCGGGCUUCGUGCUGGGGAGAGACGGACGCUCCUGUGUAACCUACGGAGAAGGACAGCCGGACCCGGGGGCAACCAUGGUGCCCACCAGGCCCCCGCUGGCCACCGCAGCCAGCCCCACGCCGAGGAGAACAUGGUCACCCAGGGUCCCUGACAACCCAGGAGAGAUGCCCCAGGUCCCUGGACAAGGCAGUUCAGUCACAUUCAUUUCUGAGAUCCCUGGGUGGGCAGCAAAGAGCACGCUGCCCACCCUUCGGAUGUCCCCUCAAGCCAACUCAGAGGCCACCGUCACUUCUUCAGGAAGCGUGAUUCCCACGUCUAAUUCCACGUUGUCCUCUGCCAGUCCCCGUGGUUUGGACUCCUCCUCCACCGUGGUCUUCAUACUUGUGAGCAUAGCAGUGGUAGUGCUGGUGAUCUUGACCAUGACAGUGCUGGGGCUUUUCAAACUCUGCUUUCACAAAAGCCCUUCCUCUAGGCCAGGAAAAGGGCCUUUGGCCGCUCCUGCGGUGGAGAGUGGUGCGCAGGCUACUGCUCUGAGCUCCAGUUCCGCAAACUGUGCAACGGGGUGAAGUCCAGGCUGCAAAACAGAGCAGAUGGCGCCUCACUGAUGGGUCCUCUUUGGACUCCGAAGUCACAUAGUGAAAGGGGACAGUGAGUGAGCACUCGUUGUGAGCAGUUUUUCACUCUCAGUGAAAAAUGGAACGGAGAAGAGGGCUUAUCUAUGGAACUGAGGAUUCCUGAAGUUCCCUUCCCCUAAACUCCCUCUGCUCCACGCAGGAGCUACAGCUGAACUGGAAGCUCCUCUUCUGAUAGGGAAGAGGUGGGAGUGCCUUAGCGGGUACUGAGCCCCGGCUGUUACCUGAGAGAGUGCCUUUCUUGCGGAUUUGAAGAAGUGACUGAACUUUUUAAGAUAGUGACCUUUGGUUCAGUGGGUAGAAUGUUAGCCUACGGACUCAAGAGUCCCGGGUUCAAUUCCUGUCAAGGGCAUGUACCUUG